CGCACGUGAAGAGGACAUCUCGACGACGUUGAAAUUGAAGACGGCACGACUCUCCUUUUCCAUCACCCUGUAUCGACCGACACACAUCCUCCUCAAUCAUCCAGUAAGGCAUUCGCAGCCAUGGAACUCGACGCCCUCCAGGCCCGCAUCGGCGAGCACGUCGACAAGGCCCUCGUCUACUUCCACAAGGUGCCCGGCUCUGCUGUCCUCACCCGCUACAUCCAGUCGAGCUACCAGAACGACCCCGUGCGAUCCGCCAUUGAGUUGGUGCUGCUGCUCUACUUUAUCCGUUAUCUCCUGUCGCCUUCCUACUCGACGCGCAAGGAGAACUUUGUCAAGCUCAGGGAGGAUGAAAUUGAGGAGUUGAUCGAUGAGUGGACUCCUGAGCCUCUUGUCGCUGAGCAGACGCCUUUCGAGGUGGCUGAGGCCGAGCGACUCCCCGUUCUCGUCGGUCCUACGGGCCCCAAGUCUAAGCUCUCCAACGGCCGAACCGUGACCAACCUCGCCUCGUACAACUUCUACAACUUCAACGCCAACGAUCAGAUCAAGGAGAAGGCCAUUCAGGUCCUGCGCACCUAUGGAGUCGGCCCCUGCGGACCCCCCCAGUUCUACGGCACCCAGGACGUCCACAUGAAGACCGAGGCCGACAUCGCCGCCUACCUGGGCACCGAGGGCUGCAUCGUCUACGCCCAGGCCUUUAGCACCAUCUCGAGUGUCAUCCCUUCUUUCUGCAAGCGUGGCGACGUCAUCAUCGCUGACCGCAACGUCAACUUUUCCAUCCGCAAGGGUCUCGAGUCGUCGCGAAGCAACAUCCGCUGGUACGAGCACAACGACAUGGAUGAUCUGGAGCGUGUCAUGCAGGCUGUUGUUAAGGAGCAGGCCAAGGCUAAGAAGCUCACCCGCCGCUUUGUUGUCACUGAGGGUCUGUUUGAGCUUUCUGGUGACUCUAUUGAUCUGCCUCGUCUGGUUGAACUCAAGGAGAAGCACAAGUUCCGUGUCAUUCUCGAUGAGACCUGGUCUUUCGGUGUUCUUGGACGUACUGGUCGUGGUAUCACUGAGGACCAGAACGUGGAUCCCCAGCAGGUUGACAUGAUUAUCGGCUCUCUUGCUGGUCCUCUCUGCGCUGGUGGUGGUUUCUGUGCUGGCCCCAAGGAUGUUGUUGAGCAUCAGCGCAUCACCUCUUCUUCUUACACCUUCUCUGCCGCCCUCCCUGCCAUGCUGGCCGUCACCGCCAGUGAGACGCUGAACCUACUCCAGUCCAACCCUGAUAUUCUGACCCAGUGCCGUGAGAACAUCAAGGCCAUGAAGGCGCAGCUGGACCCCCGAAGCGACUGGGUUGUUUGCAACAGUUCCCCCGAGAACCCCGUCAUGCUUGUUACCCUCAAGCCCGAGGUUGUGGCUGCCCGCAAGCUGGAGCUUGAGGAUCAGGAGCGCAUCCUCCUGGAUUGUGUGGAAGAGUCGCUCGCCAACGGUGUCAUGAUCACGAGGACCAAGACUCAGCCAUUCUCGCAUGCCAUCAAGCCCAAGGACGGUGUGUGGUAUGCCCAGCCCGCCCUGAGAAUCUGCAUCACCUCGGCCCUAUCCAAGAAGGAUAUUGAGAAGGCUGGCGUGACGAUCCGACAUGCCAUCACCAAGGUUAUGACCCGCAAGACCAGCAACAAGGCUGCCUAAACUCGAAAGCAAUGAAUUAUUUCACGACCUUUAGAGGGAUGUUGCACACCCGAGAAGUGAUUGAAAAUUCUUUGGGUAACGCUGAAGGCUCUUUGUGUUUCUGAUGGACGCACCAAGCUGAGCCAGGCCCCACAAGGGAGGGUGGCUGGGCGGCUUGUAUAUAGACAAAAGACGGGACUAUGGGUUCAUGUGUAUCUAGUGGCUAGAAGCCAUGCGAGAAAGUAAUGAUUAAUAGAUGCGGCCCUCUGAGGCGGCAUUGAAUGAAUAUGAUGUUGUACGUUGGUUGG